CCAUCCAAUACCUUCUACACGUAAUAACUUCGGUUUUCCGACUGAAUAACUCACAUUCCAUGAUGACUGACUUGACCCGCAGACGCAAGAGGCCUGCUAUUUCUUGCACAUUGUGCCGGAAGCGAAAGCUACGCUGCAAUCGAGAAACGCCUUGCAGUAACUGUCUGAAGAGCAAGACUGGCUCUUGUGUCUACGAAACUGGAGUGCCGGAUAAAAGGCCUGCCACAGCACCUUUCACACCCAUCCAACCGUACAUCGGAAACCCGACAUCCAUGAGCUCACCUAACAUACCCUCAAGCUCAUCAGUUACAGCGCCCAAUACCGGCAAUGACCGGAGUCCUUUCGAACUUGAUGCCAUGAGAGCACGUAUCGCCGAGUUAGAAGACAAGUUAUCGCGAGCUGAAAGCAUUACUACCCUCUCGCCAUCGGCCUCGACUCCUGUGUCGACGCACACUGUACAGACUGUCAGCAGCUUUGCCUGUACAGUAAAUGUCCUCCAAGACACCCGGAUGCCUAGCGGUACAGCUAUCUCUCGAGGCAUUGCACACAAAAACCGAGUUUUCGGACAGAGCCAUUGGAUGAAUGGAUUCGUGAUAUUCCGUGAUAUCAUCGAGACAAUGGAGCCCUAUCUGCGAAGCGGAACAUCCAACGUAAUCACCAGUAUGCACCGAGCAAAGCCUUUAGCCCGGAUCAUCAAAUCACAACGCUCCCCAACCUGGCCUACGUCUCCAACAAGAGACCUUCCUCCGAAGCAUGUUUGCGAUGAUCUCGUCGCUGCCUAUCUUCGAAGUUUGGAGACUCUCUACCGCGUGCUGCAUGUCCCUAGCUUCCAACACGCUUACGAUAAUAUGUGGAAAGGCGAGUCAGACUCCAACAUGGCAUUUGUGAUGAUGUUAAAGUUGGUCUUGGCGAUUGGAGCCAUGAUGUACGACGAUAAAGUGUCCAUGCGAGCCAAUGCGGUGAGAUGGGUCUUCGAGGCCCAGACCUGGCUGUCAUCGCCCUUGUUCAAAUCGAAACUCGGUAUCCAAUAUCUACAGAUCAGCAUCCUCCUCCUGAUCGCACGAGAGCUUGUCGACGUUGGUUCUGAGCUUGUUUGGAUUUCAGCGGGCGCAGUGUAUCGAGCAGCGGUGUAUAUUGGUUUGCACAAGGACCCGUCGCAGCUCCCGAGUACGACGGCUCUUGAAACUGAGAUGCGCCGCCGGAUAUGGAAUACGAUCCUGGAGUUGUCACUUCAAAUGAGCAUGGGAUCGGGCGGUCCGCCGUUCAUCUCAUCGGACGACUUCAACACAGCGCCACCAAGCAAUCUGGACGAUGAGCAACUCUUGGACGCAGACCCUAUUGCAAGAGCAGAUCAUGUGUAUACGCAUACAUCCACUGCUAUAGCUCUGCGCAAGAGUCUUCCGGCUCGGCUUGCGGUACUCCGAUUUCUGAACGACAUCAACUCGAGCGGAACAUAUGAGGAGACGCUUCGAAUCGACUCAGAUCUAAGAGCUGCACAUAAGCUCUUGCGUCGCACCCUACAUGCAUACACCUCACAUACCAGCUCGUCCCCCUCGCAGUUUACUCUUCAAGCUGUAGAGUUUAUAAUGCAGCGCUACGUUACCUGCUUACAUCUUCCAUUCUUCGCUUCUGCACUCAAGAAUCCGGUCUAUGCCUAUUCGAGGAAAGCUACUGUCGACUCCUCGCUCAAGAUCUGGAGUAUGGCUUGUCCGAAUGCAGGCGUGAGCUCAUGUCGUCGGAGCGAGACCGACUUUGCUCGCAUGUGCAGGUGUACAGCGGGGUUCUUCCGAAUGUAUACCUUCCACGGGGCGACAUUUCUGGCUGCUGAAUUGCGAAUGCGGAUACAGGAAGACGAAGAUGAUCUUGACGCGCUGCCAUUAUCAUUGAAUAACAUUGUCGAUGACGCUGCCAAUUGGUACCUCCGCUGUAUGGAAGCCGGCGAAACUGGUAUGAAGGGCUACCUUCUUUUACGACUCGUCCGUGCUUGGAUUGACGCAGAGAGUCAUCAUGUAGACAAAUCAGAUUUGUCUGCAUUGCUGGCGGGAGCCGUAGAAGACGCUGCUCGUGUUUGUAUACCGAUUCUGGAAGCAUUGGCUGGUUGUGAGGAGCCGUGUCCUGGUACUGCCGCUAUGGAGGGCAGCGGUAUGGAAGAAUUCGAUUUCCAGUUCUCACCAGAGUUCACGGAGGAUUGGGACAUGCUCAUGUCGGGGACAUUCAGUCUGGACGACGCAGGGGUCUUCGACGCGUUCGUGUCGUGAUAAUACUAGUUCGCUGAGCCAUCGAGCACGAGCGUCGAUAUGCCGCAUCGCGCAGCCUGGAAAGGAGCAGUGGCUCUGAUCAAGUAGCUGACGUUUCGUACAAUGACAGCGGCUGUCACACAUCAGACAGGAGACGCCAAAGGAGGAGAUUUCUGGGUCUGUCGCUAAACCCUAAUGCAUGAAAUAUCCGUGCGCGGAUGACGAUGAUCC